CAAACAGUAGCAGAAGAAGCUGAUUGGCGGGAGGAAACUGAGUCUGUUCACGGCGGAGUGUCGCUGGAUGAAGGAGGAAUAAUGAGCUUUGUUUUAUUAAAUCUGAAAUAGAGUUUAUUUGUGUUUCAUCUGCGCUAUCGUUUAAAAUGGCGACGUUGGUUCUGGACAACGGCGCCUACACGGCGAAGAUCGGAUACAGUCUGGAGAAGGUCAGCGUCAUCCCGAACUGCCAGUUCCGCUCCAGGACGUCCAGGUUAAAAACCUUCACGGCCAAUCAGCUGGAGGAGAUCAAAGAUCCGUCCGGCCUCUUCUACAUCCUGCCAUUCCAGAAGGGUUACCUGGUCAACUGGGACGUCCAGAGGAAAGUGUGGGAUCAUCUGUUUGGAAAAGAGAUGUUCAAGGUGGACUUUGCGGACACGAGCGUCGUCAUCACGGAGCCGUACUUCAACUUCACCUCCAUCCAGGAGUCGAUGAACGAGAUCCUGUUCGAGGAAUAUCAGUUCCAGUCGGCGCUCCGGACCAACGCGGGUUCUCUCAGCGCUCAUCACUACUUCCACACCAAACCCUCUGAGCUCUGCUGCCUGGUGGUCGACAGCGGAUUCUCCUUCACCCACGUCGCCCCCUACUGCCGCAGUAAGAAGAUGAAGGAGGGCGUCCGCAGGGUCAACGUGGGCGGGAAGCUGCUGACCAAUCACCUGAAGGAGAUCAUCUCAUAUCGCCAGUUACACGUCAUGGACGAAACUCAUGUGAUCAACCAGGUGAAAGAAGACGUCUGCUACGUCUCUCAGCAGUUCUACCAGGACAUGGAGGUCGCUCAGAUGAAGGGGGAGGAGAACACGGUGAUGAUGGAUUAUGUUCUUCCGGACUUCAGCUCCAUUAAAAAAGGUUUCUGUAAGCCACGAGAGGAGAUGGUCCUCAGUGGGAAGUACAAGACGGGGGAGCAGAUCCUGAGGUUGGCCAACGAGCGCUUCGCCGUCCCCGAGAUGCUCUUCCACCCGUCAGACAUCGGCAUCCAGGAGAUGGGAAUCCCUGAGGCCAUCGUUCACUCCAUCCAGUCGCUGCCAGAAGAGAUGCAGCCUCACUUCUACCAGAACAUCGUCCUGACUGGAGGGAACUCUCUGUUCCCAGGCUUCAGGCAGCGACUGGAGACGGAGCUUCGGUCGCUCGCCCCGGCCCACCUCCCUGUGUCCGUCCUGCAGCCUGCAAAUCCCAUCUGUCACCCGUGGGAGGGGGGGAAGCUGCUGGCCCAUGACCCGGACUAUGACGAGCUGGUGGUGACGAGAGACGAGUACGAGGAGAACGGACAUUAUAUCUGUGAAGAGAAGUUUGACCUCUGACCUCGGGGGUCACACCACCACCGGCCUCUGGACCGACUGUUGAUAUUGUUUUAUAACCUCUGAUACUGAUUCUGACCUGUGAGAUGAAAAGUUCAAAUGUAGUUAUUUCUACAGCAGUUAAUAUUUUGUGAUAUUAUGUUUGAGUUUGUUGGAAGAUCAUUUUUCUUGUUUUUUACACAUGUAUGUGGAUAAAGCUGCAGUAACAGAU